GGAAAUGUUACGUGGUGACGUUCAUUCUAUAUGAGCGCGAGCGGCGGGAGCUUGGGUCUUUUUACCGCCAGCCGCGCGGCGCUCCCCUCUUGCUCUCCUGAGUCACUCACUGCGAGACCCGGCCUCGCGCAGAGGUUCUUUGAGGUCUGGGAAGAUGGCAGACAUUGACAACAAAGAACAGACCGAGCUUGAUCAGCAAGACAUGGAAGAUGUUGAAGAAGUUGAAGAAGAAGAAUCUGGGGAGGAUGCUAACAGCAAAGCACGUCAGCUGACUGUACAAAUGAUGCAGAAUCCUCAGAUUCUUGCAGCUCUUCAGGAAAGACUUGAUGGUCUGGUUGGUACACCCACAGGUUAUAUAGAAAGCUUACCUAAAGUCGUUAAGAGACGUGUAAAUGCACUCAAGAAUCUUCAAGUUAAAUGUGCACAGAUAGAAGCAAAGUUCUACGAAGAAGUUCAUGAACUGGAAAGAAAAUAUGCUGCUCUUUAUCAGCCGUUGUUUGACAAGAGAAGUGAAAUCAUCAAUGCAGUUUAUGAACCUACAGAAGAAGAAUGUGAGUGGAAAACAGAUGUUGAAGAAGAAAUUUCAGAGGAAAUGAAAGAGAAAGCCAAGCUGGAAGAGGAGAAAAAAGACCAAGAAAAAGAUGAUCCUAAAGGAAUUCCUGAAUUUUGGCUGACAGUAUUCAAGAACGUUGACUUGCUCAGUGAUAUGGUUCAGGAACAUGAUGAACCUAUUCUGAAACAUUUGAAAGAUAUUAAAGUGAAGUUUUCAGAAGCAGGGCAGCCCAUGACUUUUACAUUAGAAUUUCACUUCGAACCUAAUGAGUAUUUCACGAAUGACGUUCUGACAAAAACAUAUAGAAUGAGAUCAGAACCUGAUGAAUCUGAUCCUUUUUCUUUCGAUGGACCAGAAAUUAUGGGUUGUACAGGGUGCCAGAUAGACUGGAAAAAGGGGAAGAAUGUUACUUUGAAAACCAUCAAAAAGAAGCAAAAACACAAGGGGCGUGGAACUGUUAGAACGGUGACAAAAACAGUUUCCAAUGAUUCUUUCUUCAAUUUUUUCAGUCCUCCUGAAGUUCCUGAAAGUGGAGAUUUGGAUGAUGAUGCUGAAGCAGUUCUUGCUGCUGAUUUUGAAAUUGGUCAUUUUCUACGGGAGCGCAUAGUUCCACGAUCAGUACUGUAUUUCACAGGAGAAGCCAUUGAAGAUGAUGAUGAUGAUUAUGAUGAAGAGGGUGAGGAGGCUGAUGACGAGGAAGGAGAAGAAGAAGCAGAUGAAGAAAAUGAUCCAGAUUAUGACCCAAAGAAGGAUCAAAACCCAGCAGAAUGCAAGCAGCAGUGAAACAGUGUGUAUGUGGCCUUGAGGAUUAUCUGCACUGUAAUAGCCUAAAUACAACUAUUAGUUACUUAACAGCCUUAUGUUUUGUAUCUUGGUAGAAUUAAGUAAAGAUUUUGUUAAAACAAACUGACAGAACCAGUUUAAAAUGUAGGUUCCUUGUACCUAGCAUUUUAAUAGUACCUUUCUGCCAAUAUGUAGAAUGCAGUAAACCCCUAAAGCAUGAAUAGUUAAUUCAUUGCUAUAUAUAGUUUGGUUCUUGUGAAGUCUGUUGUCAUGUAGCUAUUAGACUGCAGCUGUGAAGAUAUCAGAACUGUUGAUGGAGACCACUAUUUGUUUAGAAAAGAUCCUUUCCUGAAGAACCAACCAAAGUCUUUUUCAGCCCAGUAGUUUAAAUGGGUUUCAGUCUGCUUGCACUAGCUGUGCCUUCAUUACUUUGUUAUAGAAAUGGCAGUGACUUGUACUAAUUAGGAGAUGACAUACAUCUUUGAACUUGACUACUUCCAUAUAAUCCAUUAAAUUCCUUCGAGACCACAUUGAACAUUCAUAACUGUCUGCUUGUUUAUGCUCUAGGUUUUUGUAUUUUGUGAUGGUGACCUACAGAAAAACUAGAGACAUCAUAUUAAGGUUGUUUAUCACUGGGGUGUGAAUAAACCUAGUAUUUUCAGAAA